AUGCAGUGUGGUAUGACCAAGACACAAAGCGAAGCUGCAAAACCAUGGUACCAAAGUUUUACAGGCGAUUCUAAACUUGCCUCAAGUAUGCGCUAUGUAGAAACACAAUCAAUGCAGAUAGGAGCAUCUUACAUGAUUCAGUUCAGUUUGGUGAUGGGCUGUGGCCAGAAAUAUACCCCACACAUGGACAAUCAGGUGAAACUAGAGUAUUCAACCAACCAUGGCCUCACCUGGCACCUCGUCCAAGAGGAAUGCCUUCCAAGUAUGCCGAGUUGUCAGGAAUUUACAUCAGCAAGUAUUUACCACGCCAGUGAGUUCACACAGUGGAGAAGAGUCAUAGUGCUUCUUCCCCAGAAAACUUGGUCCAGUGCCACCCGCUUCCGCUGGAGUCAGAGCUAUUACACAGCUCACGACGAGUGGGCUCUAGACAGCAUUUACAUCGGGCAGCAGUGCCCCAACAUGUGCAGUGGGCAUGGCUCCUGUGACCGCGGCACGUGCAGGUGUGACCAGGGAUACCAGGGCACUGAGUGCCGCCCAGAAGCUGCCCUUCCUUCCACGAUCAUGUCGGACUUUGAGAACCCGAGUGCUUGGGAGUCUGACUGGCAAGAAGUUAUUGGGGGACAAAUUGUAAAACCCGAAGAAGGGUGUGGUGUCAUCUCUUCCGGAUCAUCUCUGUAUUUCAGUAAGGCUGGGAAAAGACAGUUGGUGAGCUGGGAUCUGGAUACUUCCUGGGUGGACUUUGUCCAGUUCUACAUUCAGAUCGGUGGAGAGAGUCCUGCGUGCAACAAGCCUGACAGCAGAGAGGAGGGUGUCCUCCUCCAGUACAGCAACAACGGGGGCAUCCAGUGGCACCUGCUGGCAGAAAUGUACUUCUCUGACUUCAGCAAACCCAGAUUUGUCUAUCUUGAGUUACCAGCUGCUGCCAAGACCCCCUGCACCAGGUUCCGCUGGUGGCAGCCUGUGUUUUCAGGGGAGGACUAUGACCAGUGGGCAGUUGACGACAUCAUCAUUCUGUCCGAGAAACAAAAACAGAUCAUCCCAGUUGUCAAUCCAACUUUACCUCAGAACUUUUAUGAGAAACCAGCUUUUGAUUACCCUAUGAAUCAAAUGAGUGUGUGGCUGAUGUUAGCUAAUGAAGGAAUGGUUAAAAAUGAAACUUUCUGCUCUGCCACGCCAUCAGCCAUGGUGUUUGGAAAAUCAGAUGGGGACCGAUUUGCAGUAACUCGAGAUUUGACUCUGAAGCCUGGAUAUGUGCUGCAAUUCAAGCUUAACAUUGGGUGUGCCAAUCAAUUCAGCAGUGCUGCCCCAGUUCUUCUUCAGUACUCUCAUGAUGCUGGAAUGUCCUGGUUUCUGGUAAAAGAAGGCUGUUACCCAGCUUCCACAGGCAAGGGAUGCGAAGGAAACUCCAGAGAACUGAGUGAACCAACCAUGUACCACACGGGGGACUUUGAAGAAUGGACAAGAAUCACCAUUGUUAUUCCAAGGUCUCUUGCAUCCAGUAAGACCAGAUUCCGAUGGAUCCAGGAGAGCAGCUCCCAGAAGAACGUGCCUCCUUUUGGCUUGGAUGGCGUAUACAUAUCAGAGCCUUGUCCCAGUUACUGCAGUGGCCAUGGGGACUGCGUUUCAGGGGUGUGUUUCUGUGACCUGGGGUACACCGCGGCACAAGGAACCUGUGUGUCUGUUGUCCCUAAUCCCAGUGAGAUGUUUGAUAGGUUUGAGGGGAAGCUCAGCCCACUGUGGCACAAGGUAACCGGAGGCCAGGUUGGAACGGGCUGUGGGGCCCUUAAUGACGGGAAGGCUCUCUACUUCAGUGGCCCCGGGAAAAGGGAGGCGAGGACUGUCCCUCUGGACACCAGGAAUAUCAGACUCGUUCAGUUUUAUGUACAAAUUGGAAGCAAAACUUCAGGGAUUACCUGCAUCAAACCAAGAGCUAGAAAUGAAGGGCUUGUUGUUCAGUAUUCAAAUGACAAUGGGAUACUCUGGCAUUUGCUUCGAGAGUUGGACUUCAUGUCAUUUCUGGAACCACAGAUCAUUUCCAUCGACCUUCCACGAGAGGCAAAGACACCUGCUACAGCUUUUCGAUGGUGGCAGCCCCAACAUGGGAAGCAUUCAGCCCAGUGGGCCUUGGAUGAUGUCCUUAUAGGAAUGAAUGACAGCUCUCAAACUGGGUUUCAGGAUAAAUUUGAUGGAUCUUUAGAUCUGCAAGCCAACUGGUAUCGAAUCCAAGGAGGUCAAGUUGAUAUUGACUGUCUCUCUAUGGAUACUGCUCUGAUAUUCACUGAAAACAUAGGAAAACCUCGUUACGCUGAGACCUGGGACUUCCAUGUGUCAGCAUCAACUUUCUUGCAGUUUGAAAUGAGCAUGGGCUGUAGCAAGCCCUUCAGCAACUCCCACAGUGUACAGCUCCAGUAUUCUCUGAACAAUGGCAGGGACUGGCAUCUUGUCACCGAAGAAUGUGUUCCUCCAACCAUUGGCUGUCUGCACUACACAGAAAGUUCAAUUUACACCUCCGAGAGAUUCCAGAAUUGGAAGCGGAUCACUGUCUACCUUCCACUCUCCACCAUAUCUCCCAGAACCCGGUUCAGAUGGAUCCAGGCCAACUAUACUGUGGGGGCUGACUCCUGGGCUAUUGAUAAUGUCGUGCUGGCUUCAGGGUGUCCUUGGAUGUGCUCAGGACGAGGGAUUUGUGAUGCUGGACGCUGUGUGUGUGACCGGGGCUUUGGUGGAGCCUACUGUGUUCCUAUCAUUCCUCUACCCUCCAUUCUUAAAGAUGAUUUCAAUGGGAACUUACAUCCCGACCUUUGGCCUGAAGUGUAUGGUGCAGAGAGGGGGAAUCUGAAUGGUGAAACCAUCAAGUCUGGAACAUCACUCAUUUUUAAAGGGGAAGGACUACGGAUGCUCAUUUCAAGAGAUCUAGACUGUACCAACACGAUGUAUGUCCAGUUCUCACUUCGAUUUUUAGCAAAAGGUACCCCAGAGAGGUCCCAUUCUAUUCUAUUGCAAUUCUCCAUCAAUGGUGGAAUCACCUGGCACUUGAUGGAUGAAUUUUACUUCCCUCAAACUACCAACAUACUUUUCAUUAAUGUUCCCUUGCCAUACACUGCCCAAACCAACGCUACAAGAUUCAGACUCUGGCAACCUUAUAAUAAUGGUAAGAAAGAAGAAAUCUGGAUUGUUGAUGACUUCAUCAUUGAUGGAAAUAAUUUAAACAACCCUGUGAUGCUUCUGGAUACUUUUGAUUUUGGGCCCAGAGAAGACAAUUGGUUUUUCUAUCCCGGUGGUAACAUUGGUCUUUAUUGCCCAUAUUCUUCCAAAGGAGCACCUGAGGAAGAUUCAGCUAUGGUGUUUGUUUCCAAUGAAGUUGGUGAGCAUUCCAUUACUACUCGUGACCUGAAUGUGAAUGAGAACACCAUCAUACAAUUUGAGAUCAAUGUCGGAUGCUCAACUGAUAGCUCCUCUGCUGAUCCGGUCAGACUGGAAUUUUCCAGGGACUUCGGGGCAACCUGGCACCUGCUGCUCCCCCUCUGCUACCACAGCAGCGGCCACGUCAGCUCCCUGUGCUCCACUGAGCACCACCCGGGCAGCACCUACUAUGCGGGGACCACCCAGGGCUGGAGGAGGGAGGUUGUGCACUUCGGGAAGCUGCACCUUUGUGGAUCUGUGCGUUUCAGAUGGUACCAAGGGUUUUAUUCCGCUGGCUCACAGCCAGUGACGUGGGCCAUUGAUAAUGUCUAUAUUGGUCCACAAUGUGAAGAGAUGUGUAACGGACACGGGAGUUGUAUCAAUGGAACCAAGUGUAUAUGUGAUCCUGGUUAUUCAGGUCCAACCUGUAAAAUAAGCACCAAAAAUCCUGAUUUUCUCAAGGAUGAUUUUGAAGGUCAGCUAGAAUCUGAUAGAUUCUUAUUAAUGAGUGGUGGAAAGCCAUCUCGGAAGUGUGGAAUCCUUUCCAGUGGAAACAACCUCUUUUUCAAUGAAGAUGGCUUACGCAUGUUGAUGACACGAGAUCUGGAUUUAUCACAUGCUAGAUUUGUGCAGUUCUUCAUGAGACUGGGAUGUGGUAAAGGUGUUCCAGAUCCCAGGAGCCAACCUGUGCUUCUACAGUAUUCUCUCAAUGGUGGCCUCUCAUGGAGUCUCCUUCAAGAGUUUCUUUUUAGCAACUCCAGCAAUGUGGGCAGAUACAUCGCCCUGGAGAUACCUCUGAAAGCCCGUUCUGCUUCUGCUCGCCUCCGCUGGUGGCAGCCAUCUGAAAAUGGGCACUUCUACAGUCCCUGGGUUAUCGACCAGAUUCUCAUUGGAGGGAAUAUUUCUGGCAAUACAGUCUUGGAGGAUGAUUUCACAGCUCUGGAUAGUAGGAAGUGGCUGCUUCACCCCGGAGGCACCAAGAUGCCUGUGUGCGGCUCUACAGGUGAUGCCCUGGUCUUCAUUGAAAAGGCCAGCACCCGUUAUGUGGUCACCACGGACAUUGCUGUGAAUGAGGAUUCCUUCCUACAGAUAGACUUUGCGGCCUCCUGCUCGGUCACAGAUUCUUGUUAUGCUAUUGAAUUGGAAUACUCGAUAGAUCUUGGAUUGUCCUGGCAUCCGUUGAUAAGGGACUGUUUGCCUACCAAUGUUGAAUGCAGUCGCUAUCACCUGCAGCGCAUCCUGGUGUCAGAUACUUUCAACAAGUGGACCAGAAUCACUAUGCCUCUCCCACCUUACACCAGGUCCCAAGCCACUCGUUUCCGUUGGCAUCAGCCAGCUCCCUUUGACAAGCAGCAGACAUGGGCAAUAGAUAAUGUCUAUAUCGGGGAUGGCUGCAUAGAUAUGUGCAGUGGCCAUGGAAGGUGCAUCCAAGGAAAUUGUAUUUGUGAUGAGCAGUGGGGUGGCCUGUACUGUGAUGAGCCUGAGACCUCUCUUCCAACUCAACUCAAAGACAACUUCAAUCGGGCCCCAUCCAACCAGAACUGGCUGACUGUGAAUGGAGGGAAAUUAAGUACUGUGUGUGGAGCUGUGGCUUCAGGAAUGGCUCUUCAUUUCAGUGGGGGCUGCAGUCGGCUAUUGGUCACCGUGGAUCUAAACCUCACGAAUGCUGAGUUUAUCCAGUUUUACUUCAUGUAUGGAUGCCUGAUCACACCAAACAACCGUAACCAAGGUGUUCUUUUAGAAUACUCUGUCAAUGGAGGCAUUACCUGGAACCUACUAAUGGAAAUCUUCUAUGACCAGUACAGUAAACCUGGAUUUGUGAAUAUCCUUCUCCCUCCUGAUGCUAAAGAGAUUGCUACUCGCUUCCGCUGGUGGCAGCCAAGACACGACGGCCUGGACCAGAACGACUGGGCCAUUGACAACGUCCUCAUCUCGGGCUCUGCCGACCAGAGGACCGUCAUGCUGGACACCUUCAGCAGUGCUCCGGUGCCCCAGCACGAACGCUCGCCUGCAGAUGCCGGCCCUGUGGGGAGAAUUGCUUUCGACAUGUUUAUGGAGGACAAAACUGCAGUAAAUGAGCACUGGCUAUUCCAUGAUGAUUGUACAGUAGAAAGAUUCUGUGACUCCCCUGAUGGUGUCAUGAUUUGUGGCAGUCAUGAUGGAAGAGAAGUAUAUGUGGUGACCCACGACCUGACCCCCACUGAAGGCUGGAUCAUGCAGUUCAAGAUCUCUGUUGGAUGUAAAGUGUCUGAAAAAGUCACCCAGAAUCAAAUUCAUGUUCAGUACUCUACAGACUUUGGUGUGAGCUGGAAUUAUCUGGUUCCGCAGUGCUUACCUGCGGAUGCAAAAUGCUCUGGAAGCGUUUCUCAACCAUCUGUAUUCUUUCCAACCAAAGGGUGGAAAAGGAUCACCUACCCACUUCCUGAAAGCUUAGUUGGAAAUCCAGUGAGGUUUCGGUUCUACCAGAAGCACUCAGAUACGCAGUGGGCAAUUGACAAUUUUUACCUGGGCCCUGAAUGCUUGGACAACUGCAGAGGCCAUGGAGAUUGCUUAAAGGAACAGUGCAUCUGUGAUCCGGGAUACUCUGGGCCAAACUGCUACUUGACUCACACUCUGAAGACUUUUCUGAAGGAACGCUUUGACAGUGAAGAAAUCAAGCCUGAUUUAUGGAUGUCCUUGGAAGGUGGAAGUACUUGUACUGAGUGUGGGAUUCUUGCAGAGGACACUGCACUCUAUUUUGGGGGAUCCACAGUGAGACAAGCUAUUACUCAAGAUUUGGACCUCAGAGGGGCAAAAUUCCUGCAGUACUGGGGGCGCAUUGGUAGUGAGAACAACAUGACCUCCUGCCAUCGGCCCAUCUGCCGGAAGGAAGGCGUGCUGUUGGACUACUCUACAGACGGAGGAAUUACUUGGUCUUUGCUCCAUGAGAUGGAUUAUCAGAAGUACAUUUCAGUCAGACAUGACUACAUACUUCUUCCCGAGGAGGCUCUUACCAACACAACUCGACUUCGCUGGUGGCAGCCUUUUGUGAUCAGCAAUGGACUUGUGGUCUCCGGGGGAGCGUGCUCAGUGGGCACUAGACAACAUUUUGAUUGGUGGAGCAGAAAUAAUCCCAGUCAACUGGUUGACACUUUUGAUGAUGAAGGCACCUCGCAUGAAGAAAACUGGAGUUUUUACCCUAAUGCCGUGAGGACAGCAGGAUUCUGUGGCAAUCCAUCCUUCCACCUCUACUGGCCAAAUAAAAAGAAGGACAAGACUCACAAUGCACUCUCCUCCAGAGAACUCAUUAUACAGCCAGGAUAUAUGAUGCAGUUUAAAAUUGUGGUGGGUUGUGAAGCCACUUCUUGUGGUGACCUUCAUUCCGUAAUGUUGGAGUACACUAAGGAUGCAAGGUCCGAUUCCUGGCAGCUCGUUCAGACCCAGUGCCUUCCUUCCUCUUCAAACAGCAUUGGCUGCUCCCCCUUCCAGUUCCAUGAAGCCACCAUCUACAAUGCUGUCAACAGCUCUAGCUGGAGGAGAAUCACCAUCCAGCUGCCUGACCAUGUCUCCUCCAGUGCGACACAGUUCCGCUGGAUCCAGAAGGGCGAAGAAACAGAGAAGCAGAGCUGGGCGAUCGAUCACGUGUACAUCGGGGAGGCUUGCCCCAAGCUCUGCAGUGGGCACGGAUACUGCACCACCGGCGCCGUCUGCAUCUGCGAUGAAAGUUUCCAAGGCGAUGACUGCUCUAUUUUCAGUCAUGACCUUCCCAGUUAUAUUAAAGAUAAUUUUGAGUCGGCAAGAGUCACUGAGGCAAACUGGGAAACUAUUCAAGGUGGAGUGAUAGGAAGUGGCUGUGGGCAGCUGGCACCCUAUGCCCAUGGGGACUCGCUCUAUUUUAAUGGCUGUCAGAUAAGGCAAGCUGCCACCAAACCUCUGGAUCUCACUCGAGCAAGCAAAAUCAUGUUUGUCUUGCAAAUUGGGAGCACAUCACAGACAGACAGCUGCAACAGCGACCUGAGCGGCCCGCAGGCCGUGGACAAGGCCGUGCUGCUGCAGUACAGCGUCAACGGCGGGAUCAGCUGGCACGUCAUCGCGCAGCACCAGCCCAAGGACUUCGCCCAGGCUCAGAGGGUGUCCUACAACGUCCCCCUGGAGGCACGGAUGAAAGGAGUUUUAUUGCGCUGGUGGCAGCCACGCCACAAUGGAACAGGUCAUGAUCAAUGGGCUUUGGACCAUGUGGAGGUCGUGCUAGUAAGCACUCGCAAACAAAAUUACAUGAUGAAUUUUUCACGACAACAUGGGCUCAGGCACUUCUACAACAGAAGACGAAGGUCACUUAGACGAUACCCAUGAAGAAUCAAAAAGUUUAUUUUUCUUUCCAAUAUGUGAUGUGUUGUUUCGCAUUCUUUCAAAUCUCGCACUGCAUCUGAUAUCAGGAAAUUUCUGUGAAGGACUUAGUGAUUAACUGAAAGCCCUUCUCAAGACCAAGUGUACACCACUUUCCCACACUGUGAACUAAUGACAAGUGACUUAUUUCUCAUAAGUAAAUGUCUUCAUGUUGAUGUAUCCGUGCAAAUUGUGAUCUGUUGUAAUAUCAGUUACAGUAGCAGUAUUGAAAAUAAGAAAUAGUUUAACAGAAAAAAAAAGUUUAAGCACAAAAGUUUAAGAGAUUUUAUGUUUAAAAUGGCAUUUAGUACAGUAUUUAACAUUCUUGGUCACAAAGCUAUUUAAGUGGACUGUAUUUCAGCUAUGUAUCAUGUUUUAUAUGAUUAAAUUAUCAUUGUUGGUUCUUUAUGUAUUCUCUUCUACAAUAUAACACAUUGACACUGUAUUUACUUAUUAUGUUGCAAUAUUUUUUGCUGCUGAAUUUCAGGCUACUUAUAUUCUACAGAAAAUUCAUUGAAAUACCUACUCAAGAAGAUAGCUGUAAAGAUAUUGUAUCUCCUUUAAUAUACCCCUCGAAAUGUAUGUUGGUUUAGCGCUGUUUGUGGAUAAGAAAAAUGCUUGACCUUGAAAUAUUUUCUACUUAAAAAAAUUGUGGAUGAAAACCCUAUCUCCCACAAAGGAGUUUCCAUUUCCUUGUCUAAAAGAUACUUUUAAAGUGUUCCGUGGCUGAUUUACUAACAGUAAGUGCCAUUUUGUGUCUGUGAUAACAGAGUGAUUUGUAAAACAGUGGAUGUUUUCAUUGUGUUCUCUUUGUGGAUUGUUUUUCCUGCGGGUCAUAUUCAUACCUUCUGAUGAAGUUGUACCAACACCAGCAAUGUUAUAAUGGCCCUGUAGCCCUGAACUCUCUAUUAACAUAACAAAAAGGUUGCACUCUAGGGUGAACCAAGCUAAAAGUCCAUGCUUAAAUAAAAAUUAUGUUCAAAAACCA